AUGAUGCUGAUAGUUUUUGGCGCAGAGGGCGGAGCACAAGAAUGGAAAGACAAAGUGACAGAUUCUCGUGUGAAUCGACACGAUGGAGGAGAGCACACCGCCAAAGCACAUAACCUGAAAGGUCAACUGCCUGAAGGGAGCAUGGAAUCUUUGGCAACAACCAUUCGUUUCGUCACGCUCAACUGCCGAACACUAUCGAGUGAACUCCAACAAGCCGCUCUAUCCAGACUUCUGCGAUAUCUCUGUGUGCCUUUUGCUGCACUGCAGGAAACACGCGUGAGAGAUCGGCCCGUCAUCAGCAUCGAAAAUUACACCGUAUACUGCGGUGAUGCUGAUGAGAACAAAGUAGGUGGCUGCGCGAUAGCUGUGAGGAACGAUUACAAGAAUCUGGUGGAGGAAUUUGGCUCAACGUCGUCUAGAUGCGCCUUUUUACGACUGCGGGAUCGCAGAGGACGUAAACUCUGGAUCGUAAGUGCUCACGCACCUACGGAAACCGCUGAGGACAACAGGAAGGACGCCUUCUAUGAUGAACUCAAUGCGUUGAUGUCUAAAAUACCAAGCCAGCAGGUGGUUAUUGUCGGAAUCGACGCAAAUGCGAAGAUGGGACUCGAACAGCAAUCCGAUGUGCUAGGAAAAUGGUAUUAUCCAGCGGAGCGCACGUCGGACAACGGUGACCGUCUGGUCGACUUGUGCGAACAGACGGGUCUCAUCAUCGCUUCCACGUUUAAGAGGAAUCGUCGACGCCAUCAGCUCACGUGGCAGUUGUCAACCCUUUUAACACCUGAAGAGCAACGUAAGCGGAAGAUGAAGACUCUUAAGCUUCAGCUCGACUACGUUCUGGCGAGGAACAUUCCUUAG